UCAGAUGGAUGCAACAUUGGAAUAUCAAUGAUGCUUGCUUGCAUGGUUUUGUCGUGGAUCUUUAUCCACGUAUGGAGCCAAAGGAAGAAAAGAGGUCCAAAAACAUGGCCACUUGUGGGGGCAGCAAUCGAGCAGUUCAUGAACUAUGACAGAAUGCACGACUGGCUUGUCAAUUACCUUUCUGAGUCGAAAACUGUGGUGGUGCCGAUGCCAUUCACUACAUACACUUACAUUGCCGAUCCUGCUAAUGUGGAACAUGUCCUUAAAACCAACUUUGCAAAUUAUCCAAAGGGUGAAGUGUAUCAUUCAUAUAUGGAAGUGCUGCUAGGAGAUGGGAUUUUCAAUGCAGAUGGUGAGCAUUGGAGGAAACAGAGGAAGACUGCAAGCUUUGAAUUUGCAUCCAAGAACUUAAGGGAUUUCAGCACUCUAGUCUUCAGAGAGUAUAGUCUGAAGCUGUCCAAUAUCCUAAGUCAAGCUUCUUUCCACAACCAAGAAGUAGACAUGCAGGAGUUGUUGAUGAGGAUGACUUUGGACUCUAUAUGCAAGGUGGGAUUUGGUGUAGAAAUUGGAACUCUAGCUCCUAGUCUGCCAGACAAUCGCUUUGCUCAGGCUUUUGACACUGCAAACAUCAUUGUGACACUUCGUUUCAUUGACCCUCUGUGGAAAAUAAAGAAAUUUCUGAAUGUGGGCUCAGAAGCUUUACUUGAUAAGAGCAUUAAAAUCAUCGAUGAUUUCACCUACUCGGUUAUUCGAAGAAGGAAAGCUGAGAUAGAAGAAGCUCGAGCGACUGGCGGAAAUAACAAGAUCAAGCAUGAUAUACUGUCAAGAUUUAUCGAGCUGAGUGAAGACUCGGAAAAUUCAACAGACAAAUAUCUCAGAGAUGUUGUCCUGAACUUUGUGAUUGCUGGUCGUGACACAACAGCAACUACUCUCUCAUGGGCUAUAUACAUGAUAAUGACACAUGCCGAUGUAGCUAACAAGCUUUACUCGGAGCUCAGAACAUUGGAAGAAGAUCAAGCAAAAGAAGAGAAUGUGUCAUUGAUUCAGUAUGAUAUUGAGGACUCUGAAUCAUUUAAUCAGAGGGUAAUGCAAUUUGCAAGCCUCUUGAAUUAUGAUUCGCUGGGAAAGUCAUAUUACCUGCAUGCAGUGAUCACGGAGACACUUCGGCUAUACCCGGCAGUCCCUCAGGACCCCAAGGGCAUCUUGGAGGAUGAUGUCCUGCCAGACGGGACGAAAGUAAAAGCAGGAGGCAUGGUGACUUAUGUUCCCUACUCAAUGGGUAGAAUGGAGUACAAUUGGGGCCCUGAUGCAGCUUCAUUCAAACCUGAAAGAUGGCUCAAAGAUGGAUUCUUCCAAAAUGCAACCCCAUUCAAGUUCACUGCAUUUCAGGCUGGGCCAAGGAUAUGCCUUGGGAAGGACUCAGCAUACCUUCAAAUGAAGAUGGCUCUGGCCAUUUUGUGUAGGUUUUACAAAUUCAGUUUGGUGCCAGGUCAUCCAGUGAAGUACAGGAUGAUGACAAUACUAUCAAUGGCUCAUGGCUUGAAGCUUACCCUAGCGAGACGUUCCUAAGACGUGCUCUGCCUACCUAUGUCUUUGUCUCAUCAGUAUGUUUUAUGUAUAUAUAUGACAAUGAUUAUGCGGUUAAAUGUCCAGGCGCACCUCCCAUUUGAUCCAAGUGACGUUAUGUAAUAAUAAGCUUCAAAUGUGAUCAACUCAUUGUCACGCAAAUGAUAUGAGAUUGUAACCCAAAGGCUCAAUAGAUUGUUAAGAUUUUGAAA